GCUUGAGAUUCUCAAGCUGUUAAGUCUAUUCUCAUCUAUUUAUAUAAAAUCAUUUAAAUGGAUAAUUCGGUCUAGAACUAGGCUUUUUCGAAAAUGAAUUUAUUAAUACAUGGAUUGAUAUUAUUAGGUAGCAUAUACCUAAAUGAGGCUGGCUAUGGAAUUCGACAACCUGAACUAAAUCCGCAAUCGGAUGUGGAAGCCCCUGCUUACUUACCGACUAACGCAAGGAACUACGAAUAUGCCAAAACAAGAUACUCGCCGCGAAACUACGGAGGCACUAAGACUGGAUAUGGCGGCACCAAAACUGGAUAUGGUGGCACCAAGACUGGGUACGGUGGUACCAAGACAUCACGUGCUGGUAUGUCUGCGUAUAGAAGCACUAAGUCUUAUGCUGGUACCAAGACGGGAUAUAGCGAGAAGAGGACCUGGCAGGCCGCGGCGUCUCCCCCAGCGUACAGCCAGUUUGUCAACCAUGUCAAGGAACCAUAUAAGAGUCAAUGUGAAGUGGAGUGCCAAAACAAUGGGAUAUGCAUUUACACGAACACUUGUGAAUGUCCUCCCAACUUUACCGGCAAGUACUGUGAAUUUGAAAAGAAACCCUGCCUCGUCUUCCCACCCAUACCAAAGAAUUCAGUGCGGGAAUGUUCUGCGGAACUAUGCACGAUCCAAUGUUUGGCGCACCACAAGUUCCUAGAUGGCACAACAGUGGCCAACAUGCGCUGUGUGAACGGCCACUGGGAGCCAACCCGCGCGGAUCUAACUUCGAUUCCCGACUGUGAACCAGAAUGUAGCCCGCCUUGUGGGAAUGGCGGGAGAUGUAUCGGCUUCAACAACUGCUUCUGUACGGAAGCGUGGAGGGGACCGCAGUGCCAAUAUCCGGUGAGCAAGUGUGCGAUCAGCAAGGCGCACAUGAUCGCGUACGAGUGCGUGAUGAGCGCGGACACGCAGACUUGCCGCGCGUGGUGUCCCGCGGGCACAGUACCCCGCACUCCACUCGCCAAAGAAUACACGUGUCAUUUUGCUACGGGCGUGUAUGAGCCGGAGCUGCCGCAUUGUGAACUAGAGGAAAUCGUCAUUGUUACUCCCAGCAACUAUCAUCCGAAUCAAUACUACUCGAUUUACACCCCAAAUUCUACGGAAACCCUGACAAGUCCACGACCAGCGGUCCAUCCGGUGGUGGUGGUAGAGGACCUAACUCCCAAGGGAGGGAGCUGUCUGACCUGGGCUGGAGUGCACUAUAAAACGUUUGAUGGCAAGAUUUAUAGUUUCGAAUCCCCCUGCCAACACAUCCUGGUGCGUGACGCGGAGGAGCACAAAUACACCGUGUUUAUCACCCACCCUGAGUGUAAGGGUCCUUUCUGUCCUUCGACGAUCAGUGUAUUUCUGGAAGAUAAGGAAUACACGAUAAGCGCUUCUGGAGAUACAGUAGUGUUCCGCAACACAAAGCGAGUGUUACCAAUUCCCGCGACUCUGCCUGGCAUCCGUGUGAGCAUGCCUACUGACAAUCUUAUUGUUGAACUGGAUUCUCUAGGAGUUACUAUUAAAUGGGACUUGAAUAAUCUAGUGGUGGUAGAAGGCACAGCAGCUCUAUGGAACAAGACGGAAGGUCUCUGCGGGACGUUGGACGGUAGUUUGGAAAAUGAUAUGAUGACUAAGGAGAAGAAGGAAGCAAGUACUCUCUCUGCUAUGGUGUCUUCGUGGCAAGUGCAUAAGAUUGGUGAUGUAUGUACUGGCAGCACACGCGAGACAAACGCAUGUUUAAACACAUCAGAUGAAACAAAGAAACAAGCAACGCAGUUCUGCCGCAAAAUGUUCAGUAAGGACAAAUUCAGGAAGUGCUCUGAGGUAAUGGAUGUGAGUCAACUAUUGGAUGCGUGCGAAUGGGACUACUGUGCGUGUACUAAAAGCCAAAUUAUAGAUCCGGAAGAGUGUGCGUGCAAAACGGUUGCCGUGUACGCUAAGGAGUGCUUGCGGCAUGGCGUCGAGGAGAUGACGAGUUGGAGGGACGCUGAGACUUGUCCAAUGAAAUGCCCCGCGGGCAAGAUCUACAGUGCCUGCGGGCCAGAUGCCCAACCGAGCUGCGCAUUCCCAACCGCCGGUCGCAACGGCUCCUGUGUGGAGGGCUGUUUCUGCCCGCCCGGCUUGUUGCUGGAGCGUGGGGCUUGUGUGAAACAGGAGGAGUGCCCGUGUAGGACCAGGAACAAGGUGUUCCCACCGGGGGCUACUGUGCGCAAGAGUUGUAAUACUUGCACGUGCUCAAGCGGCGAGUGGCAGUGUACACAGGCCGCGUGCGGUGCGCGCUGCGGGGCGGCCGGCGACCCGCACUACACCACCUUCGACGGGCUGCGGUACGACUUCAUGGGGAGAUGCUCUUAUACCCUGCUAGCGGCUAAUAAUAUCACUGUGAAUGUGGAUAAUGUGGCCUGCUCGGGGGCUAUCACUGAGGCAAUGAACCUCGCACCCUACAAAGGUGAAGGCAAGCCAUCUUGCACCAAGGCAGUAGAUAUCGAGUACAAUGGAGUCAAAAUUCACAUGAAACAGGGUGGUUUUAUUCUGGCCAAUGGGAAGGAAGUUUCCACAUUGCCUGUUACUGUGGGUGAUGUUAGGAUCCGAGUGGCGUCAUCUUUGUUCGUUAUUGUUCAACUUCCCAUCAAAGUGGACAUAUGGUGGGAUGGCGACACUAGAGUGUUCGUUGAUGUGCCACCAUCGUUUGUUGACCAAACUAAGGGUCUCUGCGGUACAUUCAACCUGAACCAAAAGGACGACUUCCUCACCCCCGAGGGUGACGUGGAGCAGAGUGCAGCAGCGUUCGCCAACAAGUGGAAGACCAGGGAGUUCUGUGAUGACACCAGUACUGAAGAACCGGAGCAUCCCUGCACAGUGAAUGUGGAGAAUAAGGACGUGGCUGAACAGUACUGUGGGAAGCUGAAGAGUUCACUGUUUGAAGCGUGCCACUGGCACGUGGACGUGUCCCCGUAUUACUCGGCGUGCGUGUACGACAUGUGCGCGUGCGCGGGGGACGCCGCGCGGUGCCUGUGCCCCGCGCUCGCGGGAUACGCGGACGCGUGCGCGCGCGCAGGCGUCAUGCUGCACUGGCGGUACGACGUCAAGGAGUGCGAGCUACAAUGCACCGGCGGGCAGGAGUACACAGUAUGUGCCGACAGCUGCGUGCGCACGUGCACCGACGUGGCGCUGGACGCGGGCAACUGUCACCCGCAGUGUGUGGAGGGGUGCGCGUGCCCCGCGGGACAGGUGUUAGAUGACAACAACGAAUGUGUGCCAAUAGCCAAGUGCGGUUGUUACCACUCCGGGCUCGCGUACAAGGCGGGACAGAAACUGGUGCGAGCUGGACGACGGGAACGAGAGCUUUGCACAUGCGCCGGCGCACGAUGGGAGUGCACUCCAGCAACUCCAGAAGACAUUGCUGCGUAUCCUCCCGCUGAGGAUCUGCGGAGCAACUGCACAAGUUCUAAUAACAUGGAGUUCACUACUUGCCUUAGUGCUGAGCCGGUGACCUGUAAGAACAUGCACUUGCCACCCACCACCAUAUCUGGAGAAUGUCGUCCAGGAUGCCGUUGCAAGCCGGGCUUCGUGCUGGACACCAGCUCGGACAGAUGCGUGUUGCCAGUGGCGUGCCCGUGCCACCACGGCGGCACCAGCUACCCGGACGGACACACCAUGCAGGAGGAGUGCAACACUUGCAAAUGCGUGAGCGGCAAAUGGUCGUGCACACAGCAACAGUGCUCAGGCGUGUGCAUGUCGUGGGGAGAUUCGCACAUGGUCUCGUUUGACGGUACCAUGUUUGAUUUCGAGGGUGUUUGUAGUUAUUUAUUGGCCAAGGGCACUAUGGACACGGAGGAUGGAUUCAGUAUUGAGAUACAGAAUGUCCCAUGAGGUACAACAGGGGCCACUUGCUCCAAAGCAAUCACGCUCAGUGUUGGUAGUGGGGACUCUUUGGAGACAGCCACCCUGGCCAAAGGUGCUCCUCUUCCUGAUGGAAGCAGUUUGAAGAGAAUAAAACUCCGUACAGCGGGCGUAUACACGUUCCUGGACGUGCCCACGGCGGGUCUCAGCGUGCAGUGGGAUCGUGGUCUAAGGGCUUAUGUGAAGCUGGAUCCUAUGUGGAGGAAUAGGGUGAAAGGUCUCUGCGGCAACUUCAACGGCGACAACCGUGACGACUUCCAGACGCCAUCUGGCGGAGGACUUGCUGAAUCUUCUGCUUUGCUGUUCGCUGACUCGUGGAAACUGAAGCCGACUUGCCCGAAACCGCAGGAGAUGACUGACCACUGCGCCGAGCGCGCACACCGCAAGGACUGGGCGUUCCACACGUGCGGUGCCCUCAAGCGGCACCCGUUCACACUGUGCCACAGCGAGGUGCCGGUCAGUCCGUUCGUGACGCGGUGCGCGGCGGACGCGUGCGCGUGCGACGCGGGCGCGGACUGCGAGUGCGCGUGCGCGGCCAUCGCUGCGUAUGCGCACGCGUGCGCGUUACGCGGGGUGCAUCUCAGGUGGAGGACGCAGGAACUGUGCCCAAUGCAAUGUGACGAAGAGUGCAGCAACUACAGUGAAUGUAUGUCUGCGUGUCCUCCGGAAACCUGUGACAAUAUACUCGACUAUGCGGACAUUAAAGCAGUUUGUGAACAAGAGACGUGUGUUGAAGGUUGCAAGCCCAACAAGACCUGUCCAGAAGGCACGGUGUACUCCAACAGUUCGCUCAAAGAGUGCGUGGCCCGCAGCCAGUGCAAGCCCCCGUGCAUGGCGCUGGAGGGCGGGCGCGUGGUGCUGGAGGGCGAGGUGCUGGAGGAGGACGCGUGUCACACGUGCCGCUGCUCCAAGCGAAGCCGCGUGUGUACAGGACUGCCCUGCUCCACGGAGAUGACGACACCAGGUUCCACUCCUAUACCAGAAACAACACCUCAUGAUGAAGCGUUCCGCUGUAAGUCCGGCUGGAGCCAGUGGUUCAACCGCGGUGGACCGGAGAAGGACUCCAAUCGACGAUCUUUGGAAAAAGAACCCUUGCCCAAGCCUAAUGAAUUCGCAAGUGGAACACCUACUUGCAAGAAAGAAGACAUGACAGACAUCGAGUGUCGCACAGUGAAGGACCACAAGAGUGCAAAGGAAACUGGACUCAAUGUCGAGUGCAGUUUGGAGCAUGGUCUCUUGUGCGAUGAGGCUGGCGAGUGUCCGGACUUUGAGAUACGGGUGCUGUGCAAGUGUGCAGAAGAACCGUUCCAAUGCCUGAACGCAUCUCACCCGAACAACCCGCACCCGACGGACUGCAGCAAGUUCUACGAGUGCACGCCGGGGAUGGAGUCCCAGGUUCAUGCCGUGGAGAAGUCAUGUCCUCCAGGGCUCAUGUACCACCCUGGGCUCAUGGUCUGUGAUUGGCCAGCUGCUGUCAUCGCUGUUAGACCUGAGUGCGGACAGAUUACUACUGAAGCAGUACCCUCGGUUAGAGUACAAACAGAAAAAGUAACAACACAAACAACUACAACAACAACAACAACACCAUCAUCAACAACUUCAAGUGGUCCGUGUGCCCCGGGUGAAGAGUUCAAGUGCCUGUACCCUUGUGACCAGCUUUGCGAUCACUUCAAGGGGCAGUUGCAGGAUCAGGGGCAGUGUUUGAUGGGAGAGGCGUGCGUAAACGGCUGCGUGUCUAAGAACGCAAACAGCACGUGCGCUGCGGGCUCCAUGUGGCGCGACACACACACGUGCGUGCCCGUACAGGACUGCACUUGUAACUUCCAAGGACGGAUUGUUAAGCCGGGAGGCGUGAUCGUGGACGGCUGUACCAAAUGCCAGUGCCUGGACAACGCGCUCCACUGCGACACAAGUGACUGCGCAUCCACCUUCAUCCCCGUAGAAGGGCCAACACACGCCACCAUGAUCAUCACCGACUCCCACAGAACAGCAUCCACCAUACAAACAUCCAUCACCACGCCCACCACUCCAACCACCAACGCUACUACAUCAUACACAGAAACCACUCCACCAAUAAUUGCAGAGAUUACAACCACUUUUGCUCCCAAAACCACGUGGACUCCCAGUACUGCUAUCCCCACCACUUUUGUACCAACUACUGCGAGUCCGACUUUACCCCCCCUUGUAAUAAAGUCUACGGUCUCACCGCUGCCCAAGUGUAAUCCGAACAACUUCAAGCACCUUCUAUGGAGUCCCCCAGAGCCAGUGGGUGUGGUCACCGCGAGCUCAGUGUUCAGUCCCAUGUUCCAGCCACAAUUUUCAAUGCUAGAUGGACCACCUACUGCAGAAUCUGCUGGCAGCUGGAACCCCCUCGUAUCAGACCAGAACCAGUACAUCCAGGUGGAGUUACCAGAACGAACUGCUGUAUACGGUGUGACUUUACAAGGAAAUCCGAUAUUCGACCAAUAUGUCACGAGCUAUGACGUCAUGUAUGGUGAUGAUGGGCAUGUGUUCUCGCCUGUGGAGGAUUUGGAUGGGUCUCCGAAGGUUUUCCGCGGCCCCAUAGACCACAAAACACCACUCGACCAGAUAUUCGACAAGCCGUUCGAAGCGAAGUUUAUACGCAUCCAUCCUCGCACUUGGCACAACGAGAUUGCAAUCCGCUUUGAUCUUAUUGGCUGUGAGGAAUUCACUACUACUACUUCUACUACAACCACGUCUACUACUACUACUUCUACUACGACUACUUCUACAACUACGACGACUACUACUCCGGAACCUACUACAGUUACAACGCCAUUGAUAGUAACGAUUCCAUCGACUUUGGCGUAUACCACGGAGGAACCAAUGCAAUGUACAGAACCAUUAGGUCUUGGAGCAGACUUGCCCGUAGAGAUGAUCGAAGUGAGCUCGAAUAAUGAUGACAGGCCUUAUCUUAAGCUGGAUAGCGAGAGAGGCUGGAGACCACUUUAUAGCACUCCUGGAGAAUGGAUUAUGUUCAACUUCACCUCCCCCCGGAACAUAACGGGCAUCAAGACAAAGGGUGGUCCCACGGGCUACGUGACCACAUACAACAUCAUGUAUACCUCUGACCUGAGCAUAUUCAACCCGAUGCUGGACCAGAACGGCUUCCCCAGGAUGUUCCCCGGGAACUUCGACAGCAGUUCCGUGGUGAUGAACGAGUUCAGACCGCCAUUGCACGCGCAGUACUUGAAAUUGUUGCCGGUCAAGUGGGAUAGGGCGUUGGAGAUAAGCGUGGAGCCGAUUGGAUGCUUUGAGCCGUAUCCGGCGACCGUCCCCCCCGCGGACGAGCGCGCCCCCGCCCCCGCCCCCGCCCCCACCCCCUUGCCGUGCGCGCUGUGCCCCGGCGUCACACUGCGCGAGUGCGCGUGCGCAGCCCCACUGCACUAUGACGGGGACUCGUGCGUGCCCAGGGACCAGUGUCCCUGUAUGAUUGGCUUCUUUACAUACCCAGUCGGAUCUAAGUUCCGUGAUGACGAAUGCAGGGAAUGUGUGUGCAAACUUGGCGGCAUCACCGACUGCAAGCCCGCUGUUGAUUGCCAGUGUGCACCUGACCUCGUCCCUCGUCUAACAGAUGAUUGCGAAUGCCUCUGCGAACCUUGUACCAAUGGCACCAAAAUAUGCCCGACCAGCAAGUUAUGUCUACCUCUCGACAAGUGGUGUGAUGGUCUCCAAGACUGCCCUGAUGAUGAGAAGGAUUGCCUCACCACCACGCUGAUGCCGGUCACGGAAACUGUGAUCACCACUGUGAUGGCCACAGUUGCUAAUACACCACCUACCACUAAAGUUACUACACCAGCUCCUACUACUACUACUGAGAAACCCUUCGAAUGUCCCAAAGCGGAGUGUCCUGCUGGCUACACUAUACACAAAGUGAACAGCAACGCCGGCAACAAGCCGGGCUAUAGCCGCUAUAAGUACAGGGGAGGUUACGCUAAGGGAGGAUACGCUAAGGGAGGAUACGCCAAGGGAGGAUAUUCUAAGGGUGGACGAUAUAGUCGACCACAAAAGGACGUGUUUUCUCUCAACAAGCCUGUCACCACUGGUCCAGGGAGCACCAAACGCGAAUGCGAACAGUUCAAGUGUAUACCACCAAUGUUCGUACCAUCCCGACCUCCUGGUGCUCCACCACCAUGUGCAGCACCAGCUUGUCCACCCAAGUAUAUGUUACGGCUCGACACAAAGAGAUUGGAUGAGGAGUGCCCACAAUACGUUUGCGAACCACCGCCCGAACAAAUGCACUGGUGCAACAUGACGGGUCGUACAUUUAACACCUUUGAUGGGCUGGAAUACAAGUAUGAUGUCUGCCAUCACAUACUGGCUAGAGAUAACAGACUCGACUCCUGGGCUGUGCUUGCCAGAAAGAGGUGCACAGUUGACGGAGGUUGCAAAAACGAGCUAAUAGUGAACCAAGACGAAGAAAUUAUCACCGUUAGGCCAGAUUUCAUAAUCCAGUACGACAAUUACGAAUAUACAGUGGAACAGACACAAAAAAUCUGUUUCCAGAAGAACAGUUUCAAAGUAUCGCAGCUCGGAACUGGUUUAGAAAUAAGGUCGUUGAGAUAUGGCUUUGUCGUGACAUAUACACAGGAUGGUGACAUUAAGAUUGGGCUGGGCGAACAAUGGAAGAACAGCGCGGACGGUCUGUGCGGCGCGUUCGACGGCAGGCUGGAACACGAGCGGCGGCUGCCGGGCGGCAGGACUGCGGCCAGCACGGAGCAGUUCGCGCGCGCGUGGCGCCGGCCGGGCGGCGAGCCCGCCGCCUGCCGCGCCAAGCUCGUGCCGCCGCAGCACCAGCAGCGCGCCUGGGACCUGUGCAAAGUGAUCACGCAAGAGCCGCUAUCCCGUUGCGCUAACGUGCUCAACCUGGACAAGUGGCGCAGCAUCUGCCUGGAGAAGAUCUGCGAGUGCACGGAGAUGGUGGUCAACGGUACUAAGAACACGGAGGAACAGUGCCGCUGCCAGCUGCUGGACCAGCUUGUGGCGGAGUGCCUCGCAGCUGACGCCAACAUCGAUCUGGAAGAUUGGAGGAUUCAGAAUAAUUGUCCGGCGGAGUGCCCCGCCCCACUGCGACACCACGACUGCUACCGCAAGCGCUGCGAGCCAGCAUGCGGGCCGCUGCACAGCGGGCUGGCGGCGUGCCCGCCCGCGCCUGGCGUGUGCUUCCCCGGCUGCUUCUGCCCCGAGGGCACGCUGCGCCGCGACGACCAGUGCGUGCUGCCCCACGACUGUGUCGACUGCGUUUGCAAGGGCACGGGCACACCGGCCAAAUACAUAACAUUUGAGGACGACUAUCUACCACACCUUGGAAACUGCACUUACCUCGUCUCCCGGGACUUAAAUGAAAACGGAGAACAUAAAUAUCAGAUCUAUGCAACGAACGGUCCAUGCGAAGAGAAUCCCGAAGCUGCGUGCGUCAAAAUAGUUCAUCUUAUACAUGGAAAUAACACGAUACGCGUCAGCAAAGAUCCUGCCACUAAGAAGUUGGUGACGCUAGUGAACGGUAAUCAAGUGUUCCGCUAUCCACUUGACAACGAGUGGGCGCUCGUGUCCAUGAUGUUCGGACAAGACGUCAGUGUUGCCAUACCCGACUUGUAUCUUGAGUUACAAGUGAAACAAGAGAAGAUGGAGAUAUUAGUACAAGUUCCGUCCCACGUGUACACGCGUCGUACGGAGGGCUUGUGCGGUGUGUGCGGUUCCGAUCGACCGCAACUGACCACUAGUAAGGGAGAAACUACUGAAGAUUUGUUGGCGUACGGCGCCAGCUGGCAAGCGAGUCCCGAAGCCCUAACCACACUGGGCGAAGCACCAGAACAAUGUGGUGAACAAAAAGAAACGCGCUGUGAACCGCCCCCUCCGGAUCGCAACCCGUGCUUGCAGAUACAGAAUGCGGAUAAGUUUGGCGCGUGCCACGCGCUCAUAGAGCCCAAAGACUACGUAGAGAAAUGCGAGGCAGAACUGUGCGAACUGAACACGACGGACGCUUGCGCAGUGCUAGCCCGGUAUGCAGCAGAGUGUCGUGUGCAGGGCGUCUGCCUCAGCUGGAGAGAUGAGAUCUGCCCCUUGCCUUGUGAGGAGCCAUUCGUGUACAGACCAUGUGUGGACUGUGAACGCACGUGUGAGAACCACGAAGACCUAGAGAAGAAUCCCAAGAAAUGUACCAACCAACCCGUUGAAGGUUGCUUCUGUCCUGAAGGAAAAGUGCGGGUAAACAACACAUGUAUCGAACCGGCGAAGUGCUUCCCCUGUGACUCCAAUAGUGAACAUUAUGCUGGAGACGAGUGGCAGGAGGACGCAUGCACCAAGUGCACGUGCAGCAAAGUGGAAGGCAAGAACCUGGCGCACGUGGCCUGCACCACGCAGACCUGCACUGUGCCCGUGUGCUCGGAAAACGAGAACCUCAUCAAGAAGCCCACCAAACACUCGGCCUGCUGCCCGCAGUAUAUGUGCCUGCCAAAACCAAAGAAAAAUAAGCCAAAUUGCAAGGACGCUAAGAAGAUAGAAUGUGGCUUCGGACAAGUGCUUAAACAGAAAACAAAUGCUGAGGGAUGUAGUGAAUUCACUUGUGAAUGUAUGCCAGCAAACGAGUGCCAACCAAUACCCAGUGACAAUGAAGUGGAAAUGCUAGAGCCAGGAAUGGAACGCACCAUUGACCAAAGUGGAUGCUGUCCAAAAGUGGAACUUGUCUGUCACCCAGAGAACUGUCCUAAAGCACCGGACUGUCCGAAAUUCCAUAAACUCGAAACUGUGAACACUACUGAGAAAUGCUGUCCGGAAUACAAAUGCGAAUUACCCAAAGACAAAUGUAUUGUGACACUGGAAUGGGAGGCCGCUGCAACUGGAGGAGAAAAGAUGCGAGCGAACCCACAAGUUAUGCUUAAAGAUAUUGACGCAGUAUGGGCGGACGGUCCGUGCCGUGCGUGUCACUGCGCAGGAGACACAGCACAAGCUGCGCACGCGCAGUGCACAGUAGAGGAGUGUCCCGCGAUAGUAUCGGAUGCGCAGUUCGUGCGCACAGCGAAACCUGUGCCCUUCGAGUGCUGUCCAAGGACUGUGAGCACCGCGUGUAGGAGUGGAGAUCAUAUAUAUAAGAUUGGCGAAACAUGGAAAUCACCGGACAACGCGUGCGAAUCAUACCUGUGUAAAGAAGUUGGUGAUGGUGAACUUGAGGUCGUCACCACCGUGCAGACUUGUGACACUACCUGCCAACCUGGUUGGCAGUACGAGCCAGCAAAUUCGACUGUGCAAUGCUGUGGUCGCUGUAAGCCAGUAGCGUGCGUGGUCAACGGACAAGUGCACAAUAUCUCCACUACUUGGACGUCAGACGACUUCUGUGUGAACUACACAUGCGUUGACCUUAAUGGAACCCUUCAAGUGCAGUCUUCAAACGAGACAUGCCCGGAGAUUCCAGAGCCAAUGUUGAAGCAAUUUGUGUUCAGCGAUGAGAAAAUACCUGGAAAGUGUUGUCCAAAGCGUGAACCAAUCGCCUGUCGUGUUGGAAACGAAAUCUAUCAGGAAGGACAAACAUGGCCGACCUCAGACCCGUGCAAGAACGUGUCGUGCACGCGGGACUCGUCCGGUCGACUCGCGCAAGUGGAUAGCAUAGAGUCGUGCGCUCAAGAUUGCAAGCGUGGCUGGGGAUACGAACCCGCACCCGCCGGCCAGUGCUGCGGCCACUGCGCACAGCAGCAGUGCGUGCUGGGCGACGUGCUGCGGGAGCCCGGUUCAACAUGGAAAUCCAUGGACAACUGUACAACAUACACUUGCGAGAAAACGGAGGGAGAGGUGUUUGUGACGUCAUCUCGACAACAGUGCAUCGACAUAUCUGAUUGUCCGGAAGAGGAUCGUAUAAUGGAAGACUGCUGUCUCACGUGCAAGAGGAAAACGAUGGAUUUGAAAACAUGUACGGUGAAAGAGCGCGAGGUGGGUGUUGGCGAGUUGCACAUGCGCUCGGGUGCUCGUGGCGACUGUGUCAACCUGCUGCCUGUGCGCGUGCGCGAGUGUCAGGGACACUGCGAGUCCGGCACUUUCUAUAGCAACCAGACGGGCACACACACAUCGGAGUGCGAGUGCUGCACGGCGAGCCGAGUGGAGCCUAUGGGCGUGGAGCUGGUGUGUGCGGAUGGGCGGCGAGCACGCGGCUCGCUCGCCAGCCCCGCCGCGUGCGCGUGCCGCGCGUGCGCAGACACGCGCUCGCCACUUUCCGGCACAAAGACCAACGUGAUCCCGGAGUUCUACAAAAGAUCCUUCCCACCGGAGCAGUGAGAUCAACGGAGUUUAGUUUAUUAAGAGAUCUUGUGUUUAUCAUGUAAAAUAUAUGAAAUGAUGUAAAAUAUACUAUUGAAUUGCA